AGGAGGCUGGAACUCGUGGAGGGCACCUUCCACGCGCUCUCCCCUGCACCCGACGCCUACUCGCCGAAGUCGUUGCAGAGCUCCUGCGCGAUGUCGAUGCCGCGCGUCAAGAGGGAGGCGGCUGACCCGAUCCCUGCGCCCAACCGGAACAGCCCGCAAGGCCCUGGCGACUACAGCCCGCGCUUCGAGGCCGCCUCCGCCUCCGCGCCGCAGCCGCGGCCCCUGGCCGGGCGCUCGGCGAAGAACCAGCGCAGCGGGGGCGGGCAGAGCAACAAGCGCUCGCGCAAGGAGCUCCUGCACGAGGAAACGGUGGAGGCCAUGAAGGCUAAGGGGUACCUGCAGCCGAAGCCGCCCCUCUUCGUGCCGGAGGGCCCGCAGUGGUCACUGGGACGGUACAGAGCGCCGACCUUCCUCAAGGUCCCCGGAGAGCCGCGCGAGGAGAUGUUGGGCUCGGUGAGCUCCUUCGGCUGAGCGGCAGCCUUCGGCCCAGCAGCAAGCGCACGCGCUGAGCGUCCACCGGCUACUCUCCCCUCUCUCCUGUUGAAGGAAAAGACUUUGCAACAACGCCC